AUGCUCGUUGACCAAGAACUGUCAAAUCUAUCAAAACUUGAAUUGAUGAGCCGCAAAAAAGCAAAUGUCUUAAAAUUGAUUGACCUAAAGUAUAGUGUAUUUCUAACUGGAAGGGGCGGAAGUGGUAAAUCGUUUUUGUUAAAAAAAAUUGUAAAUAAAGAAUCUGAUCGUGGUGGUUGUGUUGUCACUGGUUCUACCGGUAUUGCAGCAGCCAAUAUUGAGGGAAUAACACUUCAUUCGUUUGCUGGAAUUGGCACAGGGACAAAGUCAGCACACAAGCUACUGGGGAUUGUCCUAUCAAAUGAACAAGCUGUCCAGCGUUGGAAGGAAUGUAGACUUUUCAUUGUAGACGAAAUCUCCAUGAUAGGAUCGGCCUUAUUUGAGAAGUUAGACUUUGUCGCACAAGGGACAAGGCAGAGUUCACAGCCAUUUGGUGGAAUCCAAUUGUUGUUGGCUGGGGAUUUUUCCCAACUCCUGCCUGUAAGCAAAGAGAGUGGCGAAAAGCAGAAAUAUUGUUUUCAUUCUCCUCUGUGGAAAAAAUGUCUGGACUUUAGUGUGGAACUGACCAGUGUUUAUAGACAGAAUGAACAUGCUCUCUUAAAUCUUCUUGAAGACGUGAGAAAUGGGCAGAUUUCUAUAACCUCGUGCAAUCUAUUAAACCAGUUAACCCGUGAGCUACCAUGCCAUCCUUUAGAUGAAGUCAGAUUAUUCCCUCGCAAAGAAGAUGCUGCAAAAGCAAAUGAUAAAUGCUUCGAUCUUCUACCCGGAGAGACAUUCCACUUCCAAUCUCAAGAUGCAGGUGAGAAGUCAGAACUUGAUAAAAGAUGUUCAGCUUCUUCCUAUUUAUCUUUGAAAGUGAAUGCAAGAGUAGUUUUGCUAAAAAAUUUAGACAAAACACUAGUUAAUGGUAUGAGAGGAACAGUCAUCAGGUUUAAUGAAGGGUAUCCUGUCAUUCGUUUUGACAAUAGUCGAGUGCAUAUUAUACAACCAACCCAAUUUAUUGUUGAGAAUGAUAAUAGGGUGUUAGGAACGCGCACCCAAGUGCCACUUGAUUUAUGUUAUGGUAUGACAAUCCACAAAAGCCAAGCAUCAAGUUACAGUUUUGUUGAAGUCGACUUAAACAAAGUUUUCGAAGAAGGGCAAGCAUAUGUUGCAUUAUCACGGUCUGAGACAUUGUCUGGUUUACAUGUAUUAAAUUUCAAUGAGAAGAUGAUUAAACCUAAUGAAUGUGUUAAACAGUUUUAUAAGACAUUAAACUCUCAGGAGGAAAUUGAGCAAUGUUUUGAAGUGUUACCACCAAAUGUCAGAGAGACUACUAAUUUGGGCAAAGUAAAUCUGGCUGGCACAAUACCAUUUAAGAGUCCAGCAUGUGAACCUGAUAUUGCCAUUCUUCAAGAAGUGAACACCCAACAGAAAAUGAAAUUCAACAUGACAGAUUUGCAUGCAGCUUUGCAAUGGCUGAAACAACAUGUGGUAAGUGACAAAUUAAAGGAAUUUUUUAAAGUAUUAAAACUUAUACCCUGUGAUAAUGUGAAAGACCUUGAUCCUCACCUUAUUAACUUUAUGAUAUGGUUAAUUCAGUAUUUUACUCAGCAAACUGCUUCUGCAGAGAAAACUAAUGAAAUUGGUAUCACUAUUUUGGAACAAAAACAAUGGGGUAAUAUAACAGCUCAACUUCAUUCCUUAUUACGAUCCAACCUACUAUUAGAUAGGUGGAAACAGUGUUUACAGUUUAUUGGAAUGUCAGACGUUGAUGUUGAUUUGUGUGGCUUACACAGAAAGGCUUGCAUAGCAUUUACUCGGGCAAUGUAUGAGACAUAUUUGAAUAUUCGUGCAAAAAAAGACAAAAGACACAUUUGCAGGUGA